UUGAACAGUGAGAAGCAAACUCAGCAUCAUUACAUCUGUCAGUGUUUAAUCAACCAAGCAUCACCGCCUCACCCUCGCUGUGCACUGAGACUACUGGGCAGCGAGUGACCCCCACAGACUCACAGGUCCCAGCAUGGUACAGGCAGUGGGCAUUGCUUGGGCGGGCUUCUGGCUUGUCGCAGUGGCCUGUUUGGCGCCCACAUCCCUGGCUCAAGCUGCACUGGAGGAUCCCUACCCGGAGCUGAUCACAGUGCCCUACUUCCUCUCGCCCGGCAACCGCAAUAUCACUGCCUCCGUAGGCCAGACUGCCUACCUUCACUGCCGCGUGGCGCUGCUCGGCGACAAGGCGAAAGUGUCGUGGAUCAGAAAGCGAGACUUGCACGUGCUCACCUCAGGCAUGGUGGUGUUCGCCUCAGACCAGCGCUUCCAGGUGAUUCACGCGGAGAAGUCGGAGAACUGGACGCUGCAAGUCAAAUACGUGCAGUUACGUGACGCAGGAGUGUACGAGUGCCAAGUGAACACCGUGCCCAAGAUAUCCAUGGCCUACACGCUGACGGUGGUCGAAUCGCGCUCCGUCAUCCUUGGCCCCGAAUAUGUGAAGGCAGGGAGCACCAUCAACCUCACCUGCGUCAUCAAUCAAGUCAACAUGGCAGGCAUGGUGUACUGGUACCACAACCUGGACAUUCUGGACUACGAGGGCAACGUGAAGAUUCUGACGCAGGAAGACCACCAGGGCACACUGUCGCGCCUCAUCAUCGAGCAGGCGACCCCCAAGCACUCCGGCAAUUACACCUGCUGACCCACGUCCGCACACCCCACCUCUGUCACCCUGACUGUGGUGAAGGGAGAGCAGCCGGCAGCCAUGCAGACAGGAGGCGGCGCCACGGCCUCGCUCAGCCUGGUGAUGCUGACAGUGGUCCUGCAGCUGUUCGCCCUCACGCUGCUCCCGCCACUCAGAUGAUGAACUACGAGAUGGAGGUGUG